ACUUUUGUUGUAAAAUUCUUCCAACGGAAUGGUCGCCCGUAUCCCAUAUCUAGUGAAGACAAUCUGAAAGUGGAGAUAACUCAGGGCUCGUAUGCCAUUCCCUCGUCGACAGAGUUGGGCGGAUGUGAUCCCAGAAGUGCUAACACCGCGAGAGUCCAGUUCACUGCCAAGAGAUCCGGUUCCUAUUGCAUAAGUAUAUUGAUUGGUCCGAAUCCGACUCACAUCCGCGGCUCACCCUUUACUGACAUAUACUUUCUUCCGACACAUCCCUCUCCUCAGGAAACAGGAUUUAUAAAUUAUUGCUCGACAGUAGUGUGCACUGAAAAGACACCCCACGCUCUUUUCAUUAAGUUAAGAGAUAAAUACGGAAACUUAUGUCCCAUUUCUCAAGAUUUUGACGCCAGCGAUGACUUUGCUGUUGAUUUGGUGGAGAUGUCGACCGGAAAGCCAAUUCAUUCGGCCUUCUAUUGGGAUAUUCAGCCGAGUCUUAGCAGAAUUGCACUCGUAUUGAGAUUAGACAACGAAGGCCUCUACAGUGCCAUUGUCUCAUACCGGGGAUCAGCUCUCAAGAAUGGAGAGUUCAGUAUAAUUGUGUUGAACAGCACUGAAUCGGCAUUAGUUCAGAAGCAUUCCAGCAAAAAGAGUCAAACGUCCGGAUUCUGUGCGAAACUAAUGACUCAAAACAACGACAGACUAAACAAACCAAAACGAGUCUUCUGUUAUAUUUCUCCAAAACAACUGACGAUUAAAGAAUAUAUUUUGAAGAUUAUUCCCAAACGAAUCGUCACUUUCCGGUUGUGUCCGUCCACUAAAUUCCAGUUCUCGAAGUCAGACAAUCAGUCGCCCAGUGAUGACAACAACACCGAUUUGUCCAAUCAAUUGCUUAUUAUCGAUGACGGCUGUCAACCACCGGUCGAACUCAUGAGCGAUGAGCGCAAUGUAAUCGCCGCCACUUUCACGCAAUUCCUGUUGAAUAAUAUCGGCGGAAGUGAGACAUUCAAAGACAAACAGGACUUCUUCUACUCGGAGGUCAGGAAAUACCAUCAAAAGAGUUUCCACGAAAAACAUCAAAUACGAAUCGAUCGCCAAAACCUGUUAGAGUCGUCCAUCAAAGCUACGAAAAGCUUGACUACCAGUGACUGGUGUAAGAACUUUGAGCUUCAGUUUAUCGGGGAGUUGGGCGUCGAUUGGGGCGGACUUAGGAGGGAGUGGUUCGAGCUGUUAAGCGGCGCCCUCUUCGACCCCAACCAAUCAGAUUUGUUCCAACGGUUCAAAAACGAUAGACAGGGGUUAGUGCAGCCGAACCCCAAAUCUCAAUUCAAACUGAAAUACUAUGAGUUCGCCGGAAAAAUAGUGGGAAAGUGUUUGUAUGAGUCGGCGCUCGGAAGCAGUUAUCGACAGCUCGUGAGGGCCCGCUUCUCCCGUUCCUUUUUGGCCCAAUUGAUUGGUCUGAGAGUUCACUACAAGUACUUCGAGAGGGAUGACCCCGACCUCUAUGUCUCUAAAAUUAAAUAUAUUAUCGAUAACGACGUCGAAGACAUGGAACUGUAUUUCAGUGAAGAUGAGUACGACAUGAGUUCAGGAAAACUAAUACGAACUAUAGAUCUGAUACCAAAUGGAUCUAAAGUGAAGGUAACGAACGCUAAUAAAUUGCAAUAUUUGGAUGCACUGGCGCUCUACAGACUGUCCACUUCUGUGAGAGAGCCCAUCGAGCACUUCCUCAAAGGACUCAAUGACUUAAUUCCGGACAACUUGUUGUGUAUAUUCGAUGAGAACGAGUUGGAACUGUUGAUGUGUGGGUCCGGCAAUUACUCCAUCUCCGAGUUCAAGGCCAAUCACGCCGUCAGUUGUGGUAAUUACGAGUUCCGCAAAAUACUCGACUGGUUUUGGACCGCAGUCUCCAAUUUCACGGACGAAGAGAUGGCGCGACUCUUGCAGUUCACGACCGGCUGCUCACAACUGCCUCCGGGAGGCUUCCAAGAACUCAACCCCAAGUUUCACAUCACAUCCGCGCCCACAUUCGGUGUACUGCCGACGGCUCAUACCUGCUUCAACCAAAUCUGUUUACCUGAAUACGAUUCGUAUGAACAGUUCGAGAGAGCGCUCAGAAUAGCUAUCACUGAGGGAGGGGAGGGAUUCGGGAUGAUAUAAACCUGGAUGAC